AUGGACUCAUUCAGUCAUCGAGAAAUCCGAAUAUCGAAUCCUUUCGUGGAGGGUAGUCAAAUCGAGAUCAGCUACGAGUUGGACGAGAAUUUGCCCCUUUCGGUUACCUAUCACGACUAUUGUCUCAAAUCGGCGAGGAAGUUUCUUCUGGAAUGCUUCACGAAACAAUUCGAGGCCUGGCUGGGCGACAUGAAGAAAGCGAAUUUGCCAAGAGCUCAAUUGAUGGAUACAAAACUUUCAAGAAGUGUGCGCAUUCAAUGCAUGAACUGGUUUAUGCCGACUCCACUGAAGAAUCUCUUCAGCGAUCAUAUGUCCAGAAUCUUUCUCUUCUCGAUCAUUUCUUUUGUGCAGGUCUCUCUGGAACAGUGCCCGGUUGGUGAGCGAGCGCAUGCGGCCUCAAUGGAGUUGCUACAAGAUAUUCUCAAUUUGGUCAACGGUUUCCGCGAAGAGCUCACAAAUGAGGUGAAAAACAUCGGCGAUCCGUUCUUUCAAUCAACAAUCGAGCAUGCGCUGCACGUUUUUGUCCAGGCGUCGAUUAAGAAACACGUUGCCACUACGCUCAGUCUACCAGCAAAAGAAGAACUAGAAAAGGAAUUCAAUGCUCUAGUAGCUUGGAUUGAGAAAGUACCCAUGAAAACUGCGGAAUCAACGGCGAGCGAUGUGCGUGUUUAUAUGGAGUGCCUAUUUGUCGAUCAGUACAUUGAUAAGAUUUACAACAUAACGAUUGCUGGCACAGCCCAUUCAGCAGAGAUUAUUGAUAUUAUUGGCUCAUUUAUGCAGCGAAACAAUGGAUAUGGUCGACAACGGAUUAUCAAUCGAUUGACAACUGAAGUGAAUCGACAACUUUUGAAUAUCUCCGCUUCCACUGCGCUGAUUCUGACGUCGUAUGCAAAUGCGGUCACCUCAUUGCGUCGUUUGGAUCCGUCGACUUUCAUUAUGCACAUUGUUUGUGGGAAAAUCAAGAACUAUCUGAAGCAACAUCGCACGGACACCGUCCGUCAAAUCAUCUCUUUCAUCACCAAGGCCGGACAUCAAUUCAACGAUCAGAUGCAACGUUGCGUGAUCAUAGAUGACGAGGACGCGUUGAGUGUCAACGACGAGUUUCUUGACGAUGAGACAAUUCGCAAAACGUGGAGAUCGUGGAGGCCCGAUCCGCCUGAUGCCUUACAUAGCAAGGGACGCGUGCAGCGAUCGGCCGAUGUUUUCACGAUGCUAGUCUCUAUUUAUGGAAGCAAGGAUUCGUUUGUGAAAGAAUAUCGACAAUUAUUGGCUGAAAGACUCACUCAAGCAGCACAUAAAGAUCCGGCUUUUGAAUCGCGAUAUUUGAAUCUACUCCGUUUACGAUUCUCCGAGGCCGAACUGCAACAAUGCGAGGAAUUCCCUAGCUAUUUCGAUGAACACUUUGCCGUUUUCGAGCAAGAGUACAAGAAGCUGAAACACGAUCGAAAGUUGAAUUGGAUGAAAGCAGCAGGUUGUGUGGAAAUGACGUUGACGAUAGAUGGAAUGUCCGUGGAUAAAGUGGUGACGAAUUCGACGGCCGCCGUUCUGUAUCCGUUUUUGGAACAAGAAGCCUGGACGGCAAUCCAGCUCAUCGAAUUACUCAAAAUGCCUCGUAGUGUCGUGCAAAAACGAUUAGGUUUUUGGCAAUCACAGCGCGUGCUGAUCAAUUCGGGAGAAGACACUUGGACGCUGACCACUCAACCAAAUGAUGUUGAUCAAGUGCAGUAUGCCGAGCAGGAAGAAGACGAGGAAGAGGAACUUGACGAAACGGAUCGAGAGAAAGAUGAUGGAAAUGGAACAAUGGAUGAACUUGAACAAUAUUGGACCUAUACGAGAAAUUUUAUCAAUGGUCAAGAACAGAAGGAGAUGCGCGCCGAGCGACUUUUCGGCAUUUACAAGAUGUUCGGCAUUCAAUCGUUGACUUUGGAACAGGUGGUGGCCUUUUUGAAGAAGAAAGUCAGCGAAAAUCUCCUUUCGAUCAACAAUGGAUUCUAUCGAGUGGUGAAAGAA